AUGAUGUCUAUACGAAGAAUCCAACGACUCCCAGCUUGCGCCUCCCUCCCACGAUCUACAAUCACUCUCCCUAGCCAUCGAUCAUUCGCCCAAAGCGCCUCCAAAUCCAGCAACGAAGACAAGUCGUCACAGAAGCCAGCUAAGGACGACAAGUCUCCAAAUCACCCGAUCCCCUCCAACAAGGCGCACCCCACUCUAAAUGACGGAAGAGUGUCGCCGAUGGCUGAUAUGGAUGGGAAACUCAAGGAGGAUCUGCCACAUGAUGUGAAGCGGCACAAUGCAGACAUGGAAAAUCGCUAUGAUCGACCGUACAACCAUAUCUCAGACGAGGGGCAGGUGGAGAAAACUUUUGUGAAGAAAUGA